AACAACGUCAAGAUGUCUGAAUGAGCAGUUUAUGGCUUAGCCCGAAAGCUAACAACUUGAUUUUCUUUUUAGUUUACUUUUACUUUGGUUUCGUUUGGCGACUUGGACAUUGUAUUAGAUGGGGACCAAGAGCUUACCAUGAAACUCCGGGUGCAGAAUGACAGGAGUGAUUCCAGAAGAACACUGAAACUGAGGGAGUCUCCUACUGUGAUGCAGCCUAAUUCAAGUGAGCGGGACGCUCAUGCAGGCAAUGGUUUAUCCCUAACUCUGCAACCAGAGCUUCUCACCAGGACACCAGCCCCUGGUGCAGCUGCUGCCAGCCUUGAGAGUAAUGAAGUACGGAUACCCAUGACAAGUGGGUCUGGGGAGUCUAGUGGAGGCACGUCAUCCAGGAGAUCCAGAGUCAGCUCCCACAGCCACUCCCAUUCACAUUCACAUGGACAUAAUCGGGCACAGCAUCACUCCAAUUCAGAGCCUGAGCUUGACCCUCCUGACUCUGAUCUGGACUCAGGAGAACCCAGCACCUCCUUGUCUGAGCUUCGCUGUCUCUUCCGCUGGCUCCAAAAGAGUCUUCCUUUCCUUGUCAUACUGUGUGCUAAACUGGUCAUCCAACAUGCUCUUGGUCUAGCAGUUGGGGUUGGCCUCUUCACAACUUUUUUAUAUGUGAAUAAAAGCAUUCAAACCCAAGUCUUUCUUCAGGAUCAUCACUCAAAGCUGCAGUGUGUAUGGCUGCUGCUCUUCCUGAUCUCUUCCACCCUUCUGCUCUACUACACUUUUCUCACUGAGACACUUUAUCAUUGCCUAUUCUUCCUCAGCCCAACCAUUGAGCCGCUGGGUUUCUGGGAGGUUCUGUGGGCAGUUGGCAUCACAAACUUCAUAAUAAAGUUCCUCUUUAUGGGGAUUAAGUGCCUUAUUCUGCUGCUGCCAUCUUCACUGGUGACCUACAGAGCCCAGGGGAGAUGGCUGAUGCUGACUGAGGAGCUGGGUCAAGUGCACCAGGCCAUGGCUCCAGUUUCACUGUGGUUCCGCUACCUGGUCAUCUACCAGGAGGCUGACGGCACGCCUGGACUCACGCUAGGGGUCCUGCUGGCUUUGCUCUACCUCAUACUGAAGCUUUUAGGAUUGUAUGGACAGUGGACAUCUUUACUGAAAACUGUGAGGAUAUUUCUGAAGGGCGAGCAUACAGGCACAGCAGCCACUAGGAGUCAGUGCAGCGAGGCCGGAGACGUCUGCCCUAUCUGUCAGGGAGAGUACAGGGAGCCUCGGGCUCUACUCUGUCAGCACAUAUUCUGUGACGAAUGCAUCGCACUGUGGUUUAACCGGGAGAAGAGCUGCCCCCUCUGCCGCACUGUGAUCACAGAAAAAGUCUAUAAAUGGAGGGAUGGAGCCACAUCUCCACACCUGCAGAUUUAUUGAUCGAUAAGGUACAGGUCGGGAGCUUUUGAGUGUGGGACAUUGGUAUUAGCUUGUAUUUAAAUAUGUGAUUUUCUAUGGCUGUCAAACCCCACUGACAAGUAAUGUUGUACACACUGUUUGAUUCAUCAGGCAAGGGCUGUGCCCGUUUUGGGCCGAGGUCAGUAAGGUCGCACAAAUUGCACCUACAGCAGGCAUGUUUCCAUCUUAUUUACCAGUACAUCCCUGCUUGUCAUUGACAGACAACUGAAAAUUGAUUAUUUUCAUGCCCUCAAGUGUUUUUUGAUUUUUUUUAAUUAUUUUUAGUUGUUUCCUUUUGUGUUGCUUUUAUUUACCUUUAAUCUUAAUAUAAACUUUCCUCAUGGGGCAACAAAUUGUUCUACUUCCACUGUUUCUUCUACUUGUAAAUAUGGGGACAACAGAGAAUUAUAUUAAAAAAAAAAAA